AAUCGAACUCGGGUCGUCAGGUUCGUAGCGCAGCGCGCUAACCGCUACACUACGCUCGCACGUACGCACACACACACAUGCACAUCGAGAGCCAUGAACUGUCGUGGGUGGCCUGUCUGUGGAUCCACCUGCGUUAAAAAAAAAUGUAGGAAGAAAAGCAGUAAUCCCAAGUUAAGAAUCUUGACAUUUCGCUCGUGUAAUCAUUAAUUGCUCAUUGGCGUGUUUAUUUGCCGGGGAGUAGGACCGUUUUGUACUGGGUGAUUUUUACAUUCCCCAACCGGUGCGCUGCCUGUGCAGUCUUGUUACCCUUCGACCAUACUCACGGCAUGGCUUGUGGGGCUUUGCAGCACAGUCUCCUGUGUUAAUACCAGCUGUCAUCGAAUGUCAUAUUCCGUGAUUGUGGGUAAGACAGAUAGAGUGAACUGAAAUGAUUUUUUUGGCGAUCGUAACGACGGUCGGGGGAGGAAGGUUUAGCUUUCGGAUUGAAUCAACGAAACGGUCACAGUAAAUUCCCCACACGCUUUUGCUCAAAGACAUUGCUGCUGAGUAAUUUCCCACACGUACCUGUUUUGGCCCUUUCAGCAGAAACCGCUGAAAGUGACAUCCGUUCGCCCCGAGCAAGCGGGUGACUAUACCUGCAGGAGAGAUGCCACGCUUAGACGACAAAAGCUUGGCACAGAAUUAGGGGGGAGGUUGUUAUUCCUGACCUGGAGGGUAACGGACAAAUGGCACGCGUGCCGCACUGUCCAGCAUUCACGCCCCAUUAAAGCUGUCAAUUUUCACACUGAAGAAAUGCAUCAUCGGAGUAUUUUUCAACUGCGAAGCAGCGCACUACUCUUUGCCUUUUCCAGUGCUCUCAAGUGUGGCCAGGAUUUUUGUUUGGUUAAAUUGAGCCUAGAUUAUUGGCAUUCACGUCGGAAAAGGACCUAAUUUAGCAAAGUGGGUUGAAGCCACUGGAUUUCGUUGACACAAUGGGCGAUGCGUGAUACGUGCAGAUCUAUGUUGCACGCGCCAGCAGUGCCUCACUAACGAGCGCAUCAAGCUGAGUGGUGGUGGUGGUGGUAGCGUGCCUAAUGGAUAUUAAGCAGAGCUCAAAUGGCUCGUGGUGGUUUACAGCUGCUGAACUUAGGGACGCAGUGUCAUACCUGAGAGAUUUUCAUCUGUGAUGGAAAUGCACGGGCUCCCGACAGCUUUACAUUACAUUUGCAGCAGGCCACAGCUCUUGAACGGUGUCCCAAAGUACAAAACUGCAAAUCACUCGCGUGAAGAUUGCCCUCACGCCAAAGUAAGAGGAUAUGGGAAGGUCGAAGAGCAGUGUAUACGCAGAUGUUGAUGUUUAAUAUUCCGUCCAAUAACCAAGCAAGUCACCGUUCCCACGAAAAAUAUCUCUGCGUCACCCGUUUUUAACGGCCGAAGGAUGCAAUUUUGUUUUGGCGAACCGCAGCGGUGGGAAGGCACUGUGAUUAGCGCUUUUGCCGCACAGUUUGAUGAACAGCCUUCGCUGUCAGGUGGAAUUGGCUUAAUCGGGGGUGCGGGGUUAUUCGAUGAGCUAAAUGCCGUAGUGUGCCGCAGUCACGGCCGUCAGACACGCAGCACGACGCAUCGACCUGGCAGUGCCUGGUGCUCGUGCGCAGCCUCCUCCCCGCCCUCACGGUGUCCGGGUGGGAGCCGUGAAUCUCCAGCGGGAAGGUAAAAUGGCGCCGCCCGUCGCCGCCACCACCACCCCGCUGUAAAAGGCAAACUGCUGCGGAGAGCGGGCGAGCUCUUGGGGGGCGAGUCUGCGUGGCAUCGGAUCGUGGCCUGGUGCGUGGCAGCAUCUGCGCUGGCAAUCAUGUACGGCAAGGACUUCAUCCUGGCCGUCAUCAUUUUAGACAAAGAAGAUGGGCUGUGGACGGAUCCGUCGUUCGGCUCAGACCCGGACCUCCCUCCGGGCUGGAAGAAGGUGUGCGACUCGUCAGGGACCUACUACUGGCACAUCCCGACGGGCACCACGCAGUGGGAGGCGCCGGGGGGCACGGCUCGCUCCGAGGGUGACGGCGAGAUCGCCUCGCCGGGCACUUGCACCGAGAAGGACAUCUGCUCCGUGGAGUCGUCCGCCGUCAGCACACCGGCCGACUCGCCAACUCAGGAGAAGGAGGUGAGGGCCCGCCACGGGGGUGGAUGGACAUCAGCAGAGCCUGUGUCUGCCAUCUCUGUCUCUGGCCUUUGUAGAAAAAUUGACUUUAAUGAAUGGAAGGAGAUUCAGGCUGCUACUGUGACCCCUGACCCAAGCCUCAAAGAGUUUGAAGGAGCCACUCUGCGCUACGCUUCCCUCAAGCUUGGACACGCGAAGCAGCAGGAGCUUGAGGAUGGAAAGGGGAACAUCGUUAGUGAUCCAGAAUCGAAGUGCUUCGCGGUCCGCUCGCUGGGCUGGGUGGAGAUGUCCGAGGAGGACCUGGUGCCAGGCAAGAGCAGCGUGGCUGUCAACAACUGCAUCCGCCAGCUCUCGUAUCGCAAGAAUGACAUCCGCGAUACGGCUGGCAUCUGGGGCGAGGGCAAGGACAUGUUCCUAGUGCUGGAGAACGACAUGCUCGACCUGGUGGAUCCCAUGGACCGCUCAGUGCUGCACUCUCAGCCCAUCGUCAGCAUCCGUGUAUGGGGCGUUGGGCGCGACAAUGGCCGUGAGAGGGACUUUGCAUAUGUGGCCCGAGACAAGCUCACGAGGGUGCUCAAGUGUCACGUGUUCCGCUGCGACACUCCCGCCAAGGCUAUCGCCACCAGCCUGCACGAGAUUUGCUCCAAGAUCAUGGCCGAGAGAAAGAACUCCAAGGCAUUGGGCAGCGUGUCCACCUCCUCCCUGGAGAAACACGACAGCACGCCCGAUGUGCCGCUUCAAGAUUUCCCAACCCCAAAGACUGACCUGGUGCAGAAGUUCCAAGUUCAAUACGUGGGCAGCCUGCCCGUGGCCAGACCGAAUGGCAUAGAGAUCCUGCAGGGUGCCAUCGAGAGCCUCAUGUCCACCACUAACAAGGAAGACUGGACGCCCGCCGUGGUGAACGUCACGUCAGCCACGCUCACUGUGUGCCGGGAGACGGAGGAAGAGGACGUGGUGAUCGAGUGCAGGAUUCGCUACCUGUCCUUCAUGGGCGUGGGCAGCAACGUGCACACGUUCGCCUUCAUCAUGGCGGCCGGGCCGCAGCGCUUUGAGUGCCACGUGUUCUGGUGCGAGGCCAACGCCGCCACCUUCUCCGAGGCCGUGCAGGCCGCGUGCAUGCUGCGUUACCAGAAGUGUCUGGACGCUCGGCCCACGGGGGCCAAGGCCCACGUACCGCCCCCUCCUCCGUCGGAGUCGGUGGCCCGGCGUGUCGGCUGCAGUGUCAAGAGGGGGGUGCAAUCGAUCCUGGGCAGCUUCAAAUACAAGCGAGCGCCGCCACACGCGGCCCAGACACCUUGACUCUCCUGCCGCCCCCUGCCCUGCCGUGCUCGUUCCGCCCCAACCACCGCCACCCGCGUCGUUCCCUCCCUUUCCUUGAUGGCCCGUUCUCCCGAUCCCUGCCCUUUCCUGCCGCUUCCAGUCCUAUCCAAUGCACCCUAAAAAGUGUGGGCUGUUCGGCACGGCGUGACGUCGUAACGGCACCCCGUGUCGGUGAGUGACGUGUACUCCCCAUCCAAGUUGUGUCCCCGGCAAGAUGCCACUUUUGCGGACUGCGCGAUGUCAUUUCCACGAGACUGCUGCUGGGCUGGAUUUUCUGUUCAAAGAAGGUGGAUCACAGACGGCACAGCUCUGACGAACAAACACUGACCUCAUGGACGGUACAAACUGGUUUUGAAUCAUAGCCACACUACGAUGGAGCCUUGACUGCACAGGUUGGUUCAGAGGAAGUUUAAAUCGCUUUUCACAAAACUAACAAAAAAAAAACCACUACAUUCUGGCAGAAUGGCUGUUAACGUUUGCCAGUUUUUUUUUGUCCUUCAAUUUCCUUACACAAAGCUCAUCUUGCUGCCUAAUUUUAUUCAGAAUUUGCUGCUGAUAUGACUGUAAAGUUCUCUCCACGGAAGCGCCGUAACGCGUCGACGGCUUGUGCAGAUGCUGGGGGUUGCCUGUGCGCCAGUGCCGAGAGGGGAGUGGCGUGCCGUUGAGCGGCGUGCGAGAACGGGGCGAGCUUCCGCUGGCGCAGCCCUUUCCCGUUGCGGCGUGGAUCCGCUUUUUGUGUUCAGUUCGUUGUCCUUCCCCACCCCCCCCACCCCCGUACUUCCCAUUUAGCACGGUUGGAUGCGGAACGGUGCGAAAGAAGUUCACCGUACGCACGAGAGGAGGGGCCGCCCCGCACGUCGAAUCGCGUCGCAUUCGUAACGUCGUCAACACUACGUGUCGCAACUGCACUUUUCUGUGUGUCGAGUAAUGCACAGUGUGUGUGAUGUUAGGAUGUAGGACACUGCAGAGCACUUGACUCCAUUGCUCUGCACAGUCGCUCGUGGGUUUUGUGAACGUUUAAUGAGUAUCAUUUCAAUUAUGCUUUUAUAUAAAAAAAAGAGUGAAAGGAUUUUAGCGAGGGUUGGGAGGGUGUCUGGUUCUGUACUUUUACGUUGCUAAAACUGACGCGCAAGUAAAACAAAUGCAAGGGGUUUGUAGAGUCUCUUAAGUGGAGAACAGACAUCUUCCAACACACUGGUCAGAAAAAAAAAACACCUGUCUGGAUGAAAGCUGGCCAGCACAAACAUGUGACCAUUUUCUUGACUCGGAUGAACAUUUUAAAGUAAUUUUUCAGUGUUUAAAAUUUAACAGUUGAUGCCGAUGCCCUGUCAGGACGUAAUUCCGUUGACAGAGCGUGUAGUUGCAGUUGGGUUGCAUGACAACCUCGCCGUCUUUGUUCACUCGGACGUACCUCGGGCUGCUGCAGUAAUGUUCGGAGGGUGGGCCUGCUGGCCUCUGCAGUAACCACCCCCCCCCCCCCCGGUGCUUUUACCGCAAAAUAACAACGGCUGGUUCGUGCGUCGUGCGCUCGGUAACCUCGCAGCGAGAGGUUAUCGUGCGGAUCGAAGGACCACUUGGUGUACAGUUCAAUAAUUUACUUUAAUUACAGUUAGUAUCAAUUUUAUUUUUUUUGUCUCGUUUUACCCAGCAGUAUAUUGAUGCCGAAUUAUAUUAUUUGAAGCCUGUUAUAUCAAACUUAGGACAAUUCCGUUUUGUCACGAUUUUCCCUGCAGUAUUUGAUUUGUCGAAGCACACUAUAUCUCGGCGCGAUGACACCACACGCCGCAUGCGCACUCGUGGGCGGCCUCGUUGGGUGUGUUGUUGACAGUGCUCAUUUGCUGCAUGGUAUAGCCGCCUUUGUUUUUGGCAAGUGUGUUGAGCACACGCAUGGCUGCUCAUAUCCAUGCCUUUGUGAGUUGACGGUGGCUUCUGGUGACGUGUGUGUGUGUGUGUGCGCGCGUGCGCGCGUGGGCCGCUAGCGCAUUAUCUACUUCCCCGCAAACAACCGCUGUUUGUGCAAAGCAAGUGGGGACUUGCAGCUUCACAGCUCGGGCCUAAUUGGCCGAAACCUCAAGGAUGAAGCAAUUUUUACUGCGGUUAGAAGUUAAUGUUUGUCAGGCGGAGGCGAAGUCGCAAAGAAAAUGUUUUUUUUUUCUGCUGCUGCUUGCUCAAAACCGCUAAGUACUGUGCGCCUGCCAAAAUGCGGCAGCAUUUGUGGCGGUUAGAAGGGAAAAAAAGGUGGUUGUUCAAUUCACUCAUCUUGUCGCUGUUGUCCAAUUCGCCAUUUGACUGCGGUAAUUUUUUCUUGAGAUGAGCCACGAAUGGAUUAUUUUGUUUGUUGUGUUUCCCCCCCCCUGUAAAUAAUGUGUACGUAAAAAAAGUAGACCAGUUUGGUGCUGUUACAUUGUCUUGGUCCAUAUGAUAGUGGGCUCUUGCCUUCAUGCUAAUUGUAAAGAUUACUCAGAAUGCUCACAUGACAUUAAAAAAAUAAAUCUGUAGUUAAUAUAUUGUCAAAGCGACAGGCUUAAUAUUUAGUCGGUGAGCUUGUGAAUACUUAGUGAUUUAUUCAUACGCGCGCAGGCGUACACAAAUGCGAGCACGCGCACACACGCAUCAGCAAAGCAGCCAUCUGUGUAAAAGCCUGACGUUAAUUACGUGAGUGGUGUUAAUGUACUUUCGACACAUCGCACGUUACGGCAGUGGAGACCCCUACGUAAUGAGAUGCUCACAUUCGCUCCAAGUACAAUCAUUCCGGUCUGCCGUCGGUCGCACGCUGGCAGAGCUCCACAGUCGGAUUACCGUGCGAGGUUAGAACCGUUUAGACUCCCGUUCCCAUGACCAGCCAGGAUUUAUGAACGUGGCCUCUCGGCAACCAGGCCUGGCAGCCGUGGCACGGGGCCAGCAUGCUGCAUGUGCAUUGCCAAUCCCUGGGCAGGGCAACUGUGUAAAUGCGUUUUUUAUUUGUGAUUUGAUUCAUGUGUCGUGCCAAACUUUGAAGGAUUGGAAAGGACGAACGGGAGUUCCUUAAUGUGCAGAUUUCUCGUCAGAACGCUGCGCUUUAUGAGCUCCUGUUUGUGUUUUUCACUUGAGGAACUUUUCGUUAUUUAUUUGUUGAUUUGCCGUUCUGCCGUCGUGAAAGAUCUUGGGGUUGUCGCACUGCUGAGCUCGGCAGUUCAUUCAAACUGGUUGGUUGUGGAAAGGUGAAUCCGCUUGUUCAUUAUGAAUGUGAAAUUUUAUUUUUUACAUAAUUAUUUAUUAUUUUACUAUAUUUUAUAUUGAAACUCUGGAAAAAGAGCCAAAAAAAUGUUCAAUUUAGAAAAGCUUUUGUUGAAUUAUAAACCAUGUGGUAGGACUUGCUUGUGUAAGCUUCCUAUGCAUUUAGCGCUUUGCGUGUGAUAAAUCAACAGCUCGCUGUGCCGUAUAGUUUGAAAUCCGCUGUAAUUCCGAAUAUAUAAAGAUAAAUAUAUAUGUAAACAUAUUACAGUUCACA